AUGACUGACUCGGAGAAUACCUCGGUUCUCGAACAAAUGGUCAACCCUGGCAAAUCUGAUGGUGACGUGCUUGACAUUGUGCACGACGGGGACAUGGUCAUUAAAGUCGGCAACGAUGCAGACGCACGCCUUCUUCGCGUCUCAAGUCAGGCCCUGAAAAGACAUUCAAAGUAUUUCGAAGCUCUUCUCGGUGCGAACUGGGGGUUAUCAGACAAGAAAUUCACAGUGAGCUCUCCCUUGGCCGUCGAUGAAGAUUACGAACUCGGCUUCUUCGUCUUCAUGCUUAUCGUGCACGCGCAGAUAUUCAGCGACCCGCAAGUCGUGUCCAAGAUAAGGCUCAAGCAUCUCAAAACCCUGGCAAUCCAUGUGGACAAGUACAUGUAUCACGGCGGCAUUCCAACAUACAUCAUUGAACGCCUCGAUGAACAUAUCGCAGAAAACCACGUCUCCGCGAUUCCGAAGAUAGAGUCAUUGGGCACCAUCUUUUCCAUCUCAUACCUGCUCAAUCUCGAUCCCCUUUUCACCAGAGCUUCAAGGCAGAUGAUGUGGUGGUUGGUAGCGAAGGAUCUUCCGUACUUCAUUUCCCCUGAAAUGAUACAACUACUGCCUGUCGACAUCUUCGCGGAAUUCGACAAGGAGAGUCACCGUCUACGCUCAGCCCUUCUCAAAAGCCUCCCGGCAGUCUUCUACCCUGAACCGCACAGUGGUUCAACCGAAGGAGACAAAUGGUGGUGCGAGAAAUGCGACGCCGUCCCGCACGAUCAGCGAUGGAUGCAGGAAGUCAUCAGCAAAUCCGCAAUGUGGAAUGCCGAGCAAAAAACCCCCCUGAUGACCUUUAUCGGGAGGCUGUUCUCGUGCUACCUGUAUGACAUGGAGUCGAUGGACAAUUCGCGAGAGUCGAUGCCAGACGGCCACUUGAGGGCGUGUGGUCAUUUCAAGCCGAGAUACAUCGACGUGAAUCAUGCCGAGAUGCUGCAAGAUGUGUUCAAGGCCAUGGGAGGGGUGUGCCUCCACUGCUUCAGAGCCGGUCGGUUCAAUCGACCCAUUGCCAGCGACACGCGAUAA